GAGGGAGAGCAGGUUGUGUGGAACCAGCUUCUCCAGACAGAAGGCCCCAGGAGCUCACCCUCUGCCUGCCCUGCAGGAUGCUGCAGCUGAGCCUGUCCUGGCUGGGACUGGGGCCGCUGGCAGCCUCCCCGUGGCUACUCCUGCUGCUGCUGGGAGCCUCCUGGCUCCUGGCCCGCUUCCUGGCCUGGAUCUAUACCAUCUAUGACAAAUCUCGCCGCCUCCGAUGUUUCCCGCAGCCCCCAAAGCGGAACUGGUUUUGGGGUCACCUGGGCUUGAUCCGGAGCUCAGAGGAAGGCCUCCUGUACGAACAGGGCCUGGCGAGCACCUAUGGGGGUGUGUGCUGCUGGUGGGUGGGGCCCUCGUAUGCGGUCGUUCGCAUCUUCCAUCCCGCCUACGUCAAACCUGUGCUCUUUGCUCCAGCUGCCGUGGCCCCCAAGGACAUGAUCUUCUACAGCUCUCUGAAGCCCUGGCUGGGGGAUGGGCUUCUGCUGAGUGCUGGUGACAAGUGGAGCCACCACCGCCGCCUGCUGACUCCCGCCUUCCACUUCAACAUCCUGAAGCCCUACAUGAAGAUUUUCAACGACAGCGUGAAUAUCAUGCACGCCAAGUGGAAGCGCCUGGCCUCAGAGGGCAGCACCCGUCUGGACAUGUUUGAGCACAUCAGCCUCAUGACCCUGGACAGUCUGCAAAAAUGUGUCUUCAGUUUUGACAGCAAGUGCCAGGAGAGGCCCAGCGAAUAUAUUGCCGCCAUCUUGGAGCUCAGUGCCCUGGUGACAAAACGGCACCAUCAGCUCUUCCUGUACAUAGACUUCCUGUACUACCUCACCCCCGAUGGACAGCGCUUCCGCCGGGCCUGCCGCCUGGUGCAUGACUUCACAGACGCCGUCAUCCAGGAGCGGCGCCGCACCCUCCCUGACCAGGGUGUCGAGGACUUCCUGAAGGCCAAGGCUAGGACCAAGACUUUGGACUUCAUCGAUGUGCUCCUGCUGACCAAGGAUGAAGAUGGGAAGGAAUUGUCAGAUGAGGACAUCCGAGCUGAAGCGGACACCUUCAUGUUUGAGGGCCAUGACACCACAGCCAGCGGCCUCUCCUGGGUCCUGUACAACCUCGCAAGGCACCCAGAAUACCAGGAGCGCUGCCGGCAGGAGGUGCAACAACUCCUGGGGGACCGUGAGCCUCAAGAGAUUGAAUGGGACGACCUGGCCCAGCUGCCCUUCCUGACCAUGUGCAUCAAGGAGAGCCUGCGCCUGCACCCCCCGGUCACCGUCAUCUCCCGCUGCUGCACCCAGGACAUCACGCUCCCGGAUGGUCGGGUCAUCCCCAAAGCAUCUCGGGGUGACGUGCAGUCCUCUCCCUUAAAUCCUGAUGUGGGCUUUCGUGGUCUGCAACUCUAUGCACCUGAAGACAGUUAUCACCCUGAAGUAGUAACUGGAUCAUGA